AAUUGAUGUUUUUUCGAUUGAAAAAUUAUUUUCAAGUCAAAGAUGAAGGUGAAAAUUUUGAAAUUGACCUUGUAAUAAAACUGAAUGAUGCUGUGACCAGAAAAGUAAAGAAGGAAGUUAAGCCUUUGUUUACUUUUAAACAAGCACGUUCAUCUACUGAUUGUCUUGUGACUGAAGAGAACGAGUCUCCUCGAGCUAUUAUAUACUCUGAUAAUAAAGAAAUUAGCGCUGCUUUUAUUGUUGCUGAUACCAAUGUCAGAGUUCAAGUUUCCAAUCCUACAGUACCAAAGGUGGUAGCUACUUUAUUAGCAGCUUACUAUGUUUGGGACACGGUAUUUCCUAAACAGUACUUAAACAUGUUAGAGUACAUCGACAGUGAAGUGUUGGGAACUAUAAUUAAAAAAAAUCAAGUUCUAUUGAAGUUCAUUCGAAAACGAGAAGAAAAAGAAAAAGAAGAAGAAAAUAAAUAA